AUGAAUACAAAAUUUAUUUCUCUUUCUAUUCAAAAUCUAGACCGUAUUCAUAUUACAGGGACUGAAUCUUGUUUUUCAGAACUUAAAUACUGUUCUUGUGAUGUUAAAAUCAAUAGUAAUGUUUUAGAGAGUUUGGCUAUAACAAACACAUCAAUUAAAAAGUUGAUAUUUGAAAUUAAUCACUUAAAGAAUAAUCCCGGAAUCAUUAGAUUAAUUGAGGCACAAAAAAGCCUAAAAAAAGUCAAUUUCGGUAAUAUAUUUGUUGAAAAUAGGCAUGAAACAUAUUUUUCAAUAAUUAGAGCUCAAGAAGAACUAAAGGAUCUUGCUGUUUUAGACAGAAAUGGAUUUAUUAUUUAUGAUACAUAUUUUAAAACACUUGAAGAAUCGCUAAUUAAAUGUGCAGAUACUAUCCAGUAUUUAAAAAUAAGGUGGAUACCUAUUACAAAUUAUCUUUCAUACCUUAUAAAUUUAGUAAGUUUAAAAAUACAACCUACUCACAAAGCACAUUUUAAACAUUUAGAAAAUCUAUUUUUACCUCAUUUAAAAUGUCUAAAAACUCGAUAUAUCUCAUCUAAAAUUUUAGCAAGUUUAAUUGAAAAUACAAAAGGUCAACUUAAUAAAAUUAGUAUUCUUUUUCAAAAUACCACUGAUAAUGAAAAGCUUAUACAAGUAAUUUAUAAAAAUUGUCCAAAUCUUAGUUAUCUUCAAUUAUCAUUGGUUGAUAGUGAUAUUCCAGAAGUUGAAAAUAUAUUAAUUCAUUGUCAAUUUUUAAUUGAAUUAGAAAUUAUGGAAUUGAAUGAAUUUUCUCCCUUUGAAAAAGACGAUUGGAAUAAAUUAUUUGAAAUUAGUGCUCCUACCGGGUCAAGUCGGGUCGGGUUUUGA